AUGGGUGCCUCCAUUGAAGAAUAUCAAAGAGUCGCUCCUCCAUACUCUUUCAUUCAUGUCGACCAAUUCGAAUCACCAGCUCAACUGGCAGACUAUUUGAAAUAUUUGGACAACAAUGAUACUGCAUAUAAUGAGUACUUCGCAUGGCAUGGUCACGGAGUCAUUCAUGAUUUCGAUGCUCAACCUCAAUGUGCAAUGUGUCUACUAGCUCACACAUCUCCUGCAUUUGGUCCAUAUUGGGUACCGAAUGUGGCAAAAUGGUGGAAUGAUGGUUGUAGUGGUCGGAGUUUGCGUUGGAAUUCUUGAAUUGUGAACAUUUACAGCAAGACUGCUUUUUCAAUUCCGAUUGUGACGAUCAUUAACGUAAAUAUUAUUUUUAUUGUUUAUUUUAA